AUGGACUAUCUGAAAUUUCUUCCAGUGGUUUGCUGUUGCUUAACUGCAGUUACAGCCAAAACAAGUGACCACACUGGAAGUCAUUUCAUCGUAGCGUUCUUUAGGGACUUAGAUCUGACGAAGCUGGACGCUUAUAUGAUUAUUGCAGCAGUGCACGACGUAAACGUUACAUUGAACAUGACGUACCGGGAACAGAGAAACACUCAUUUGUCCUCUCUACAAGUGAGUCCGGGGAUUGUGGAACAUAUCAAUUUUAAAGAACAAUACGGGAAUAUCAACAUGCCUUUUCCAGUUCUUCGAAUAGAAGCAUCACAUCCGGUGAGCAUUACAGCAUUCGUCGAUGGUUCUAAGUCAGCAGCGUCUUAUCUUGUAUUCCCGCUAGAUGUCGCAGGUUUAGAAUACAGAUUGAUGCCUUUUUGCAAAAAGGAAAACGGUAUGUGCGUUUGUGCCAUUGUAACCUUAGAGGAAAAUACAAUGAUUAUCUUAGAGAAUGAAAAUCAUGGUAACAUAUCUGUUUACACUGCAGACCAUGCGGUGGGGGAGGAAACAAGUGAUUAUUUGUCUCUACCACGUAGUAAGAUUAAUUUUAUCUCCAAAACCAUUUAUAGUCACGUCUCGUUGGAAAGUCACGAUGAUUUUAGUGGACUUUUACUGCGGGCCAAUAGUUCUGUAGUUGUAUUUUGUGGUGGUACAAAACAGGACGCAACAAUGUCAAUGGAGCAAAUUCCCGCUAUCCCUUACUAUGGUCGGGUUUUCUAUACAUUCCCAAUUGCUUACCACGCGAUGCCUCCCUCUAAACUCCGAUUCAUAUCUCACUACAACUGCACUACCAUUGAGACGGUGAAAGGUAAAUUCAAGUUAGAUGCAGGAGAAAUUCAGGAAAUUAACACCACCAAGGUCGUUGCCAGCCAAAUAUUCUCCGACAAACCCAUCGCAAUUCUGCAAAUAUUCUCUGGAGCUAUACCCAAAGUCAGGGUCACCAGCUAUCAAGAGGGCAUGCUACUGUUGCCCGCCAUUGACCAGUACAUCUCAACAGUGAUUAUUCCGCGUCGGAAAAAGAAGGACUCCGCCGCGAGGAUGGCAAUGUUCGUGGGCUUGAUAUCUGAUGUGUGCUAUUCUUUCGCGACAUUUUCAGGGAAUAAACGUGUUUCCAGAAAAACGUUAAGCAAUGGAAUAAUCCGGGAGAUCGACGACAAUGGGAUGUCAAUAAAACUCACGCGGGACUGUGAUUGCCAAAAAUGCAGAGAUGAGCAUACUUUUGGAGGGUACACCUUUCGUAGAAAUACUCAUGGCACCGAGGCAUCCUUUAGUGUGGUGGGAUACAGAUUUAGAUCUAAAGAGAAUGAAACUCGGGGAUAUUUUUCAGAGCCAUGUAGAAACAGGAAAGACCUCGCUGACGCUACCACAAAAUCUACAGCACAAGCACCACCUUCAGCCGUAAAGACGGAACCUACAACCAAAACACCGCCUUUAACCGUAAAACCGGAACCUACGACACAAGCACCGCCUUCAACCAUAAAGCCGGUUAAAACUACCAAGGAUCAGAGCACCUCAUUGGUUACCAUGAAAUCUAAAACAACAGAAUUUUUUGGAUCACCCACCGUCACGGGUAAAGAGAGUGAACAAUCUACUAUUUCAACAUCUGCCACGAUUACACACUGUUCCAAGUGUAAAUGUCAACCCGAGUCAACCCCUACUGGUCAUUAUAAGACAGAAAAAGAACUUCUUGAAAAAAUCAAGGAGAUUAAGAGGGAACUGACUAUUAAAAAAAUUAGCCUAUCUUCAUAUCGCAGAAGGAAAACGAGCGCAGGUGACGGACGAAUUUCCGCUAAGGGAAUAGGACUGCUAGGCGCGACCAUUCUCUGUUCUGUCGCCUCUUUCGUCGUUAUCAUGGACUUCCCCACACUUGCUCACCAGAUGGCAGUGCUGUGGAGAAAUGCAUACGGGCGAGGUGUCCGUGCUGUGCGUGGAUGUGUAGGAGGAGAACCAUGAAUUUGACAUGGUUUAUACGGGCACGUGUUUUGCUUUACAAACGACGUGGAGCUCAGAUUAAAACUUUUAAGACAUUCACAAA